AGAGAGAGAGAGAGAGAUAGAGAGAGAGAGAGAGAGAGAAGCUCUCGACAGCCGAUUUUUCUAGUCAGACCCUCACCGGCGUCUAUCAGGGCAGCAGUUCCACCCACCUUGAUUCGUGACCUCAGGUGUUAUUGCUCUUUAUUAACUGAACACACAUUUGCAAAAAACACUCGGGCUGUAUCGUUAUUCUUAAUCAACUUUGACUGCAGUGCGCCGUUUCUGUUUCCUUUUUUUCUUUUUUUUCUGGUUUAUAAAUCACUGGGACUUCAUGCUCAUAUUUCUGGAAAUUAUUGUACUUGAUAUCCCGGACCAAACCCACGGGGUGAAACCAUCUUUUAUUCUUCCAUUCAUCUUUUUAUUCAUCUCAGCAUUUUUGCAUUUACUUUUUUAUUUCUUAUUUUUUGAAAUCUGACAUGCUUUUAAGGUGUUCCAAGACUCUUCUCCUGAAUGAUUGCUGCAAAUCUCGGAUUCAUUGUCUUGAAAUUAAAGGACACUGUACAUUCUCCUUCAAAGACGGUCAAAACGAUCAAAAACUGACCACCAGAGACCUUUGCAUAGGGUCAUGGAUGGCCACCAGACCAACUGCUCAGUUCCACUAGAUCUCUCCACUCAACGGAAAAGAGAUUCUGGUAAUUUGGGGAUCAAUAGAACUACAGGGUCCAAUGACAUGGGAUGUAAACCACUUUCAGAGGAAGUAAAGUCAAAAGAUAAGGAAAACUUGCUUGGACCACAAUUGAGAAGUACAGAUUUGGAAAGCUACAUUUUAAUAAAUCAGUCCCAAGCAUCAUCUUGCAAGAUGACUGUGAAAACGAUGCCAUAUGAAAUGAACUCUGGAUUAAUCUGUCAAAACAAAAGCAACAAGGAGACAUUUAAAGGAACUACCCCACCAGAAAGUCCAUUAAGUUCAACAGCAAAUGCAGAGCAGAAGCUUGACAUGGACAAUCGUCAAAUGACCACUCAUUCUUUGCAAAGUUCUGAGCAUUUAUGUAAAAUGGAAGACAGUCCCAUUUUGCCCAUUCAAGAACAAACUGGAUCACAUUCUUCAGACAAACCCCUUUUUAGCCUACCACUGAGGAAGAGGCCAUACACUGCAGUAGAAGAUGACCCCAUGGAGGGGACUCCCCUGUCGCAGCAUAAAGAGGAGACCAAGUCCCCAUCCUGUGCGGAAAGUAAUCCACAAAGCAAGAAGGUGGAACGUGGAGAAAUCAGAAGUCCUAAGCGAGAGAGGAGAACCAGAGACAAACAACUGUCAUGUUCUAAAAAUGACCCAGUGCUCAUGGCACCCCAAGCCGUAGCAAUACCUGUGCCUAUUGAUGAUUUGCCAGUCCAGCCAUUCUGCACAGGGUAUCCUGUACACUAUCCAGCACAUAUGAGCAGGACUCCAUUUGUUGCAGCAAUAACACAUCCCAACCACCCUUUGCCUGGCAGGCCCUUAUUCAAUCCUGUGCACAGCGUCCUGAUUCCUAUACUGUCAUCACAUUUCCCUCCAGUGUAUGCCAUGGAAAACAAGCAGGCUUCAGACAUUGCAAUGGCAACCAAGCAAGAUGAAGAUGGUGACACUGCUCUGCACAUCGCAGUUGUCCAGGAGCAGAAAUCAGUAGUCCAGAGGCUGAUACAGAUCCUGCUGGAUGGGAAAAAGGAGUUAGAUAUCUACAAUAAUCUGCGACAGACACCACUACACCUAGCAGUAAUUACUCAACAGCCCCAUAUGGUUCACCUUUUGGUAUCUAAUGGCAGUGAUGCUAUGUUAUCUGACCGAAAUCUGCAAACCAGCAUUCACUUGGCAUGCGAACAUAACAACUUUGACUGUUUACAAGAGAUCCUCAACCAAAGGUGGAAACAUCUGAACCUGGAGGCACGGAAUUAUGAAGGACUAACCCCAUUGCACAUUGCUGUUAACAAUGGCAACAAGGAAAUUGUCACCCUACUGCUGGACAGGGGAGCUGACAUUGAUGCUGUGGAUAUUAAAAGUGGUCGCAGUCCUCUGAUUCAUGCAGUGGAAAAUAACAACACUGACACGGUGAAGCUGUUAAUUGAAAGUGGCUCCAAUGUGAACACGCAAACAUAUUCGGGCAACACAGCACUGCAUUCUGCAUGUGGGAGAGGCCUUCUGGAAAUCACUAGGAUACUACUGAAAAAUGGAGCUGACAGCAGCAUCAAGAACUACCACAAUGAUACACCUGUAAUGGUGGCUAAGAACAAAAAAGUAAUUGAUGUGCUAAGGGGAAAGGGAAUCCGCAAUGCCAGUAAUGUCAAAGUUCCAGAGGCUGCUCCGGAUCCAUCAACACCAUGCAACAGUCCCAACAACCCCAGUACUCCCAUGCAGUCCCAGGAUCCAACGCAUACAAAUGGUAACUCCAACCAACCAUUUGAGACUGCAUCCCGGCAUUCCUCAAUACCUUCACACCAUCAACUGGCUCCUACAUUAGUCUCUUCACCACAACAAGCCCCUACUAGCCAAUCCAAUGACAGACACUCUCAGAUUCAGAGGUUAUCGCCUAUAGAAAUGGACUAUUCUCCUCAAAGUAUUUCAGCAAUACCUUCAUCGCACUGGGCUCAGUCUCCACCUUUUUCAAGUGAAAAUUUAUUCUACUCUGACACAAGUUUCAGCAACCUCCUGUACACACAGACCCUUGAUCCUAUGUGUGGCAAGCAUCCCUACAUCUGUCAUCCUCCUGCAUUCAUCCCCUUGCCUCCUGGAGACCAAACCUACUUUGUCCACUCUUCCCAAACACAGAAUCCUUUAUAUUCACAAAUUCCUCACAAGUACUCUCAAGCCUCCAGUGAUAAGCAGGGAACCUCACCUCAAUCUGAAAAGGACAGACCUUUGAGUCAGAGCAGCAGUCAGUCUGAUAUUUCUACCAUAAGCAUCAGCAGUGGGAGCAAAGGUGAAACAUGACAUGUGAAACAGGAAGUUCUAGUGAAGCACCAUUUCAUAGCAUCUGUGCCACCUGCCCCCACAUUUGUUGACUGGUCUUGCAGCCUAAUAUAUUCUUUUUUUUCACUGAUGACGAAGAAGAGUCCAACAGAGUGAGGCAGUGUCAACUGUCAUGGUGCACAAGUGCAAAUGCUAAAACAGGCCAUGCAACUUAGCCUCAGCUUGGUGACCAGCCAGUUCAGAUUAGACAUGAAGUUAAAUAAAAUGAAAUCAUCUAAGGUGAGAUGGAAGGGUAACUCCACCCUAUCUUCUGCAGAACUGUUAAUCAAGACUUAAUGACUUCCUUUCAGAGGAAUUCUAAAUGACCCAGAGCUCCUUUAAAUCAGAGGCUUCGGAGUUAUUUGACUUCUAGAGGAUUCUGGCCAUUCAAAGCACUUAAAGAAUUCAGCGUCCCACUUAGCCAAGCCCAAAUUUGAAGACUACAGAGGGGCUCAGAGAGGGAGCAGAGGUCGGUUUGUUUUGAAGAGAAAUGAAACUGUGCUUUGGCUUCUUAGAAACAGUAGCAGGGGAUUUUACAAUUUCCUUGUAUGGCUGUUGUGAAUUGGGUGCUUCUGCCAGGUUUGAGAAGCCACAUGGCUUCAUAAGCAUAAAACUUGUUUUGUAGCUUUUUUGUAUCAAAUGCAUCACUGUUUUUCAUGGGAAGGCAAUUUUAACCUUUCUUUUAAAAUACAAUGGUAAAUGGCACUUAAGUACUAUAAGAAUUGUUUUGUAUUUGCAUCUGAGGUGGCAUUCCAUAACAGCCAUCUGACUCUACCUGUAUUUUCACUGCGUCAUCUGAUCAAAAUUCUACACACUGAGUUAAACUAUUAAUAAUUUCAAUCCAAGAUAGGCAGUGCUGCCUUCUUUAUUGAUUAUUUUUAUAGCACCCUUCUUGCCUUUCCAGCAGACUGGAACAGACUAUAGCAUAAUCUGGGAUUAAAGAACAGGACUGGGGAAUCACCUGUCUAAAGAGUCAGUAAAAUAAAUUCUGAAGCAUUUAUAAAAUAUCUUUUCAUUAUGAGGGAGUGGGAAGCAGAGUUUAAAAUGCUUUGUUCUUUAAGGAGGUGGCACAGUGGUAACACUGCUGCCUUCCAUCAAGGAGACCGGGGAUCAAGUCCUGGGUGUUCCUUGCAAGCAGGGAGUGUUUCCCAUCAUAGUCCAAAAACAUGCAGGGUUGAUGGAUUGGUGAUGCUAAAUUGGCCCCAAUGUGUAUUUGUGAGUGUGGUCAUUCUGUGCCCUGUCCAUGGAUUGUUCUUACCUUGUGCCCAGUGCUUACUGAAAUAGGCUUCAUUUUCUCCACAACCUUACACAGGAUAAGCGAGUCUGAAAGAUGGAUUUAGGAAAAUGGUGUGCACAUACCCUCAGUUGGCCCUGUAUAAUGAUUGUGAGGGACUGAUUUGUUGUCCGGUUUUAGCAGUAAUGCACUGGGGUAAUAGGAUAAUGUUACUACCUCAUAAUGCCAUAAUCCUUAGUUCAGUUCCAUUUCCUGAUUUCAAAUUCUGACUCCAGGCACUUUCUAUGUGUAGUUUGCUCCUUUUUCUCCUCUUCACAUGCAUUGUCUUUGGGUUCCCGGUUUCCUCAUACAUUUCCAAGAUAUUUGUGGAUAAUUAUAAAAUAUGAAUUGGUACUGCACUGGUACAAUACGAUUGAUCUGGGAGUGUAGGAAUAAAUAUGUUUUUUUGGAUUGAGGGGUCAUCUAAGGCCUUGAACUCCAUUGGGUUCAGGAUGUAGUAAAGAGCAACAUAAUAAUUGUGAUUUCAAAUCCCAUUACCAGGAGCUAUCCAUUUGGAGUUUGCUUAUUCCUCCCAUAUUUGCAUGGGUUUUUUUCUGGGUCACAUCUCCAAGAUGAAUGUGGAAGGUUAAUUGAUAAAACUACUUCACCUGAUAUUAAUGAGUGUGUAUGUUGUAUAAGUGUCUGAUGGAAUGGACAGACCAUUCCAUUCGAGUUUUUUUUUCCUGACUUGUAAAGUAAUGUAGAUAAAUAUACAGGUUUACAGAAGGUUUACAGAAUUCUUUUUAAUGGGUUUUGUGGCCAUUGGAAAGCAACCUUAAAAUAUAAAACUAAAACUCAGUUCUCCAUACACUCAUUAAGAGAAUCACAUUUUAAACAGAGCAUUAUCUAAUUAAGACACAAGUCCAGCACCCUGAUCUCUACUGUGCUAACCAUGAGCAUUAGUAUUAAGUCCUAAGGAUGACUGUCUCCUCAGAGAUCUUUCCUUAUGGCAUCAUGUAUUUAUUGUAGACAUGCUUGUGGUCGGGGUCUUUAUUGGAGCAUGUUGACAACCCAAGUCUCUAUGAACUGUUUUGUUGGAGUAAUGUACAACAGUGAUUCUUCAUUUAUGUAUGAAUGCAUGACAUGGGCAGGAUGGACUGGGCUUUGUCAAGACUGACCACUGGAUUUAUAAUUUUACACAUAUUAGCACUGGCUAUGAAUUUUAGCUGGACCUGUUGUUACUCUUUGUUAAAAUGUUGAAUGUAAAUUAUUUUUCUAUAUUCUUUGUAAAUUUAGUAAUUAAAUAAAAUAAA